AUGCUGCCGCAAUUCCGUGUGUUCUUGCUGGUCGCAGCAGCAAUGUUGCCCACGCUCUUGCUCCUGAGCUUCUAUCGAACCCCACUGGAAGUGCUACAAGGCAUCAGCUUGAGUCGUGAAAACCCUAUAGCUACCGGGAAUGAUCAAUCGUAUCCCUCUCAGACGGAGGCGCCUAAAAGUCCUCCAUCUAUGGCUUCGAGUCCGAAAAACGAGUCGAGCGAAUCGAACGAAUUAAACGAACCGAACGAAAUGAGAAAUUCGACCGAGUCGAGCGAAUCGAACAUAUUGCAGGCACCGGAUGCCUACAUCCCUCGAACGAUGCUAGUCAUCGCUACGAUAGCAGCCACAAACAACUCCUGGGUGGAAGAGGAGCUUGGAGACCUCCUCGAGGGUGACCUUCAGACGGCUUUCUACGUGACGAAUAAUCUUUCCGCUCCACUACAUACUCCGGCCAACAAAGGCAACGAGGCUAUGGCCUAUCUCACAUAUAUCAUAGACUCCUAUGACAAUUUGCCGGAGAUUUCGAUUUUUCUCCACGCGCAUCCAGAGGCCUGGCACAACAAUUACCUCCUGGGAAUGUCCUCUUCCAUGAUGAUACGACAUCUGAACCAUGAAAAGGUCGAAAGAGAUGGAUACAUGAACCUUCGAUGCCAUUGGAAUCCGGGGUGCCCUCGUCAUCUCAACCCGAUGGCUACAGUCGUUGACGAGGAUAAGAUGGAAGAGGUCGAGAUCAAAGGUGCAUGGAAGGCGAUGUUUCCACAUGAUGAGCUUCCAGAAGCGCUGGCCCAACCCUGUUGCUCUCAAUUUGCAGCAACUCGCGCGCGCAUCCGUAGCGUGCCGCUGGAGAGAUAUAUCCAUUUUCGCAACUGGCUGCUGGAGUCGGGAUUAGGCGAUUUUCUCUCUGGGAGGAUUUUUGAAUAUUUUUGGCAGUACAUACUGAACUCCACCCCCAUUUUCUGCCCGGAUCAGAGGAUUUGCUAUUGCGAUGGUUAUAAUAUUUGCUUCGAGAACGUCGAAGACUACGAAACCUACUUUUUGCUAGCGACAAAGUGGCAGAAGCUGCAGAAGCAGCUGACCGCCUGGAAAGAGUGGAACAGGAUCAAUCGUCGCGAGGAGGUCGUUGAUCAGGACACUGGUGGGUUUGUACAAAUCGACCCGAUGUUCCAGAACGUGGGAGAGUUGGCCAAGGCUGCGGUGGAGGAUGGGCUGGACCCAAAUGUUGUCAGCCAGUGGAACCGUGGCGACUGGCUUACCUACAACGUUGAAAAGCYCGAGGGGCAGAUGUCAGCGCUUAGGGAGCAGGCUCUUGCUGCGGGACGAGAUCCUGCACGAAAAGCUAUCGCUCUGAAUGCUGCUCAGGAGACCCCAUUGAAAGUGCCAGAGGGAGUGCCAGAGGGCAAGUUGCCAUGGUGGGUAUGA